CUCACACUCCUUUUAUCUUUAGUAGUACAAGCGAACUUAGUUUGGAUAAUUAAGAAGAAAGAUAGGCACAGAUGGCGAGUCAUUUGUUGUUCCUUGCUUUGUUGGCUAUGGCCUGCUCCUGUGCCAUCGCCUCAGAUCCGAGCCUUCUCCAAGACUUCUGCGUUGCCGACAAAACAUCUCUUGUGCAAGUCAAUGGAUUUGCUUGCAAAGACGGAAAGGACGUCACAGCAGAAGAUUUCUACUUCUCCGGCCUUGACAAGGUUGGAAACAUCAGCAGCAAGCAGGGCUCAGCUGUGACAGCAGUCAAUGUCGCACAGAUCCCCGGGUUGAACACGAUGGGGAUCUCCAUGGUUCGCAUCGACUAUGCUCCCAAUGGCAUGAACCCACCUCAUACUCACCCUCGUGCCACAGAGAUACUGACAGUGUUGGAGGGCUCGCUCUUUGUUGGCUUUGUUACCUCGAAUCCAAACAACGCGCUGAUCACCAAGGCUCUGAACAAGGGAGACGUGUUUGUAUUCCCUAAGGGACUUAUCCACUUCCAGUUCAACAAUGGUACAAACAAUGCUGUAGCUCUUGCAGGAUUAAGCAGCCAGAACCCUGGAGUGAUCACUAUUGCCAACACAGUGUUUGGAUCAAAGCCAUCCAUUGCGGACAAUAUACUCGCCAAGGCCUUUCAGGUCAACAAAGCAACAGUGGACUUAAUGCAAGCUCAGUUCUAAUUAAGGCUCGAUUUGUGGUUAUUAUUUAGCAACCCAAUUGUUCUCUAUUUUCUUUGUGUGCAUUGUAUUAUUUACUUCAUUGUAAGUUGAUUUAUAGUGUAAU